CCCCAUGUCAGAGGGAAAACCCUAUGAACCUGACAUGUCUUUGACAGAGAAGCAGCAGAUGAAUUUGGACACUGAGAGUGCAACACCUGCGAGCAGAAUGGAGGCUCAGUCCAGGUCCUCUCAUAAGUACCUGCUGCUGCAGGUGUGGUGUGGACUCCUGACUGUGGCCAUGGUGGUCAUGGCUGCACUCUUCACUUCAGUCAAACCAAAAUCAGCUGAGGGCGGGGUUUCUUCUCAGAAGUCAGAAUAUGUCACACCAACAGGAUGUUCUCACUCAUACAUCCAGUUAAUCAAAUAUGGUGGAUCCUGGCAGGCCGAACACAGCUGUGAGUCCUGCUCCCUCGAGCUCCGUGAAAACUCCAUCCACUGCUCACAAACCAGCCUGUACUUCCUCUACGCCCAGGUCACCUUCAGCAGGCACCCCAAGACAAGUCUAACCAAAACUGUGAUCCUGAAAAGAAACGCCUCUUCCUAUAUAAGCAAGAAGAUACUGGUGGAGGGGACGUUUCGGAACACGACAGAGGGCUCAGUGUGGGUGGGGAAGAUCGUCAGUCUCACAAAGGGGGACAGCAUCAGUUUAGAUAUCACAGAUGACUUUCUGACAGACAGCACUUUCUGGGGGGCUUAUCAGCUGCACUAGCAAUGCAGAUAUUCAGAGUGUGAGGUCGUAUAGGAGAGACUCAUUUGGUACAUCAUUAUUCCACCAAUAUGUUUUACUGGAUUCAACUCAAAUUCUCAAUGACUCUGUGAUAUGAGAUGAUGAUUCAAUCUUAGUUGUCACAGGUGUAAAGCUUUUUAAUCAUCCUUCAGGCCGAUAUGGAACACUAAAAUAUUCAGGGCUCCAUCAGGCCGGGAGAGGAAGGUAUCUUCCUGAAAGAGAUCUUUCAACAAAGGUUUAAAAGUUUGGAUCUCAUUGACCUGUACAAACAUAUACUUCCCUUAUGUACGGAAGCCAUAAAGGGACAUGCAUCAGUACUUUUAUUUUAUUUCAUAUCUAAAGAGUUUCCAAAGGGAAAUUUGCUUAACUUUCCUUUAUCACCAGAAAACAGUUUAUUUCAAGAUAAUGAGGUUGAUUCAUUCAUCAUACAGGGAACACCAGCUUCAUUAUCCCGAGAUUACAAGACAAGUAAGUUGAGAUCUUGAGAAAGCAUUUGGAAAAUACUUAUUUUGGGAAGAUAGAGGAAAAAAAAUGUAGAGUUGUAGAACUCAAAAUCGGUAUUGGUCUUGAGACCAUUAUUUGAAGGUUUCUGUCUCGUCUCGGAAUCAAAAGCAUUUUGUCUCUGUCUUGUCUCAGUCUCAGACUGGGCAGACUCCAGAUUCGAAAUCAAGACCACCACUGAAAGGCCAUUUUUCCAUAUCAUUACUUUUAUUCGAAGGAAAUCCUCCCUUUCUAAAAGAACAAUUAACUUACAUUGAUUCAUAAUUAGAUUUUCAACGCCGGUGAUAUUCAUCGGUGAUAUUUAUGGUCUUUGUCUUGUCUCGGUCUUGCCCUGCCUUUGUCUUGGUCUUGGGCUUGACUCGAUCUUGAUCCCUAAAUGUCUAUUUCUUGUCUCAGUCUCGGAGCCCUCUGGUCGAUUUCUUGGUCUCGGUUGCCUUGACUACAGUGCUAAUAAAAUAUAUGGAUGCAUGUCCACUAAGGGCUUCCGUACUUAUAAGUCCCUACCAUCCAUACUUCUGUGUCAGAAAUCAUGUGUACCAUUUGGUGCUUUGUUUAAUAUAACUCUCUAAAACUCUAAUAAAUGUAGUGAUGGAUAGCCCCGCGAGAUGAAUCAUACCGUUUUCAAGGGGGUUUUCAGUGCCAGAAUAUAUUUAAGUAUUUAAUAUAAGUGUUGCAUUCAUGUGUAAUUUAUAAAAUCAAUAUUAUAUUGCUUUGCGUUCCUUUAAUGGAAUCCAAAUGGGAUAAAGAGUGUAUCAUCUAAAUACCAAAGAGCCCAUUUCUUGACUUUUUUACUUCCAUUAUUUGUUGCCAACCUGUAUUUUGAGCCAAUGUUUUAAUAUUUUUUGCAUUCUAAGGUUUUAUUUUUGCCUGAUUUAAUGUUUCUUUUCAUGCUCUUACUUCAAUGUAUCAAUGUUUUAUUUUGAACUCUGUAAAGUUACUUUGAAUUGCUCCUUGUUGCUUUAUAAAUAAACUUGUCUUGCCAGCUGA